AUGUUGCAGCCGUCCUCCAUGCUCUCACGUACUGGCGUUCAUACUGGUCCCCUGUGCGCCAGUCAUGCCGCAACUCCCAUCCCACAGAUCGCCGCACUAAGGCAAGGAACGCCCAGACCUGUGGGUCUGCUCAUUACUCGACCUUUUUAUAACCAGUCCCACCAGACAAUUCAUCAGGGGCCUCCAAUAAUCGGUCGCGGGACUCCUGUGCUCAUAAAUACCUGUCCUGGUCCCAGUGUUGUGUCAACCACUGACGUAGGACACGCCUCGUCUGGUGCAGUCUCGGUGCCACCCUCCCCGAGGCCACUAGUUUGGAAUGCCUUUGUUGGUUCUUGUCAACAAAGAGAAUCAACGUCAUUGUCCUCCUCGACUUCUGUCCACACCCGGUCCCCUGCCAUUUUUACGUCCACGGCGCGCCCAACCUCCGAAACAAUACGACUGCCCUACAAUGUCAUUCUGUCCGCUCCUAUUAGUACGGCUCAAGUUUGGCCCCGCGGGUCGACCAUCCUCAUUAGCAAGACACCCCUCAUCCAUAGCAUUCCCCUGUCGACGAAUACGCCCACAGCUCCACGUCUUUCCUCCUCACCUGACCUGUCGGCACCGACGGGUUGUGACCGUCCAGCCCACUUAGUAAGUCCUUCUUCUCGCUCCAUUCCUCUUCUCUUGUGAAGCUCUCUUUCCAUAAUCAAACUGCAAGUAAUUAAUUUCGUUACAGCUGCGGCUUCCGAACUUGCGCACAUCAGUCACUCUCCCUUCAUCCCCCGUCCCAACCACGCAACCAGUACGUGUUCCUACUUGCUCAGGACCCGUUCCCUCCGCCGAUGCCUUUCUCCCGGCCACCCCAUGUGUUUGUAUGGACACUAAUGAGUUGGUCAGUUGAUGCAUGUGUUUUAUUUUAUCCAAGACUGUUUUUGUUUUGUCUGCAAUCACACUUUGUUUAGCUCAGAGACCAGAGUGCGGGUACGAUGCCCCGGCCUACUAUGAAUUCUGAGGCAUACGCUUGGGGGAAAAUAAAGAUAUCUAUCUACACGCUGACGUUACCAACAGCUGGGUCGUCUGCGGUAGUAAUUGGCUGGGAGCAGGUAAUAUUGAGGGGAACCGAUGUCUCGGCCUACUGAACUUGUAUCGGAAAUUCAUGUCUUAAUCUUCGAACUGAACUCCUCUAAUAGUUGCACCUCAAAAGUCAAAGUAGUAGUCAGUUUUCAGUUUGCUUUGCGGUUUUAGGGUUGCGGUUCAGUUUUCGCGACGUCAGUAAAUGCUCGCACGAGUUAGUGCGGUUCAUAUCCGUCUCUUUCCGGACUGUUUGCAGCUGCCAUUAUUGCGACACUCGUUGUAGACAGUUUUUUUUUAGUUUCAGAAGGUUGACAACGUGGGGUCUAUGGGCUAAACCUGCCCUUAAGAGUUACAGCGUCGGUGGACCGCUUCUUUUGGUGGUCCUUCCGACUCCUAGCUACUUCAUUGUUUGUGCAGUGCCCGAGUGUCUUUUGGACUUGAGGAAGUCGCAGAAGUGUAUUCGGUCGGCUCUUGUCGGCUAGUGUGCUGCAGCCCGUCCGAACUCUUAUCGAUUUUAUAGACAUAUUGACCCUUGUGAGACAGGGCUGUUAUUGUUGUUUUUCGGUGUUUGCUCGGAUGGAUUUUCUGGACGCUAUAGUUUGCAGUCCUGCACUUGCUCACAAGUGCCCAAGGACGUCAAAGAAUAUAAUCUGGCUGUCUGUUUUCGCCCCCAACUGUGAAUUACACAAUGCGGCCAACUGCGCUCAGUAAUUUUUUGGUGUGCUUUAUUUACGUUGACAAGGUUGAACUUAUUACCAGCAUAACAAACUUAGUUAAUACUUGCUAAACACUAUGCGUUGUAUAUGUUGAAAGACGACUUCUGCAAUGAAAACCUACUAAUGACUUUGACUUGAUUUUCAACACCUGUCAGUCAAAACGGCAGCUUGAUGACAAGUUUGUUCCUAAAACCUCAUAUUAGCACCCUGGGAUUCACCGCUGCGCGUACCCAGGCACUUUGCUGGUAAAAGCAUCCAGUGCCUCUGUUUUAGCCUUUGGCACAGCUACAUUUGAUUUUAAAGACUGAAUCGGAUAACGUAAUCCAUGGAAUGGAGUAGAGGUAUAAUCUGCCUGACAGUUGCAAGUAGGCGAUACUUAAGCGUACGAGCCAUGUAUUAUAUGCUUUUUGACCCCCACAACGGUCUGUGCUGGAUCAAAACGGGGUGCGGGCGAACCCACAACUGCUUCCGUACAUCGGAGGAGUACAGUGGCGCGCCUAGACGUAGGCCUCAUGUCAAGUGAGCCACUGCUCCCAAUCUCAGUGCACCUGAUUGACAGGCUUGGACAGUCAACAAGUGCGUGUGGGAGGAAGAGCGUGAGGUCGACACGUCUUGUCAGCGCAUUCCGCACUAAUAUACAUCUGAAACGCUUAAAUUUAUCAUGGCGAACUAAAAAUUGUCUUUGAAGGCCGCUGACGGCAUAACUCGGCCCCUCUGAAAAAUCAAUGGCCCCUUAGUGUGGCCAUUAUAGCCCUCUCACUGAUGCCGGUUCCGAGGUUAUUUUUAUGUAAAAGCCUGGUACAUUGUUUCGGGGACCAGGUCGUGUGUAGCACCUGCAGACGGAUUGUUUAACUUUGUCAGUCAAUGCGUCGGAGCCCGCCCUCAGUUGUCUAGGCAUUGUCUUACCAUCGGAGCUAGGUUGGUGAGAGAGGAGAGUUUGCAGCAGGUUCCGUGUAGGUCACCGUCUUGCGCUAACUACGUGCGACACACAGUAGACGUCAUUGUUCGCGACGGUGGAACUGGAAUAUGCUUGUAAAAGUAGUCUCGACAGAAGUCACUUCUGCCCCCACCCUACUUUUCUGAUAAAUCUAUCGAAACAACAUUGACUCGAUCGAUAAUAUGUCUGUACCAUCACUGGACAUAAAUCCCUGUUCAAUCACAGUUGUUUUCCAGUAUUUGCUCAUUUAAGCUCAUUUCAGUUGCCUCGAAGGGCGCGGAGUGCCUAAUGUAUUAUUAGAAAUUCACCAGAACUGAAUCUUUAUCCAUAAGAUCUAAGGCUUAUGUACGAAUAGGCUGUUGCUGUUGUUGGUCCGACAUUUACUCCACGGGUCCAACUCGGACCCGAACAAUAUUCCGCUUAAGCCGUGAAUAUAUGGGCGUUGCUGAACCACACACCCCACAGGUUCAUCAGUUUCAGGCUCCCGGAUUGUGCUAGGUGGCGGAUAGAACCAAUUUAGUAAUGUGGAGGGUUUUCGAGUAUUCUAUUUGUCAGACUGGUGCUCAUUUACGCCUGACAGUUCUCGACUGUUUUUCGUCAAACGUGAGCGCCUGCUUAUUUUGUGACCAGCCCUCCCUAGUGACCGUAACACGAUCGGUGAGCGUCCCCUCUACCAUUGGAGGUCUUGUAUUCUGGUCCGAAUCUUGUAGGACACUCUUGGCAAUCUGCAGUGUUCGUCCCGUCUGUUCCUUGGAGGCACUUUCACUUGUCCUUUUUUGCUGAUGCCAUGCUCCAUAGCCUCCUGGAACUGAGUGAGCUAGGCUUUUGCACACAGUUUCGGGUGUCGCACUACCUCCAUAGUGCUCAGCACACGUUUCAGUACGAUCUUCUAACACUUGUGUAUCCGUGGAAAAAAAUCAGCUCCGCCAGCCGGACAGGUAGUUUCAUCCGAAAUGUAGUUCCUUCACCUGUUCAUCUAUUUCCUAAUGCACAUAUCCGGUCGUCCUAAAAGCCUCUCCGCCACCCUUCUGUGCCUCCGAUAACAGGCACAAUUACUUUGGUCCAAAUUUCCUUUUAAAUGUUUUGCGGGCUGUUUGGUGAGUGAAACUUCAUAAACCAGGAAGUGUUUGUCCUAAGACGAAAUCAGACGGCCGCCCCUUAAGGUGUGGUCGAGCGCUUUACAACCUGAGCUUCCCGGUGGUUUUCCUCAAUUCUGCCUAAGCUACAUUGGACGUCUCUUUGCACAUAUUUAUUUCCUUAUAACUAGUGGCGGCGCUCUGGUAGCCCUGGCGGCGGAGAACUCAGCUGAUGUUAAGGAGGUCCGGAGUUCGACUCCGUUCCGCGACAAAAGCUUCCUGGUUUAUAGAUUUUUUACUCUCAAACAGUUAAUAAAACGUCAAAAGGGAAGUGCAUGCCUCGAUAACCAUGACAUUUUCAUGUCUGAUACUCGCCAUUUGCUCUCAAGUGAUCUCACCCAGAACCACCCUUUUGUUCGAAUCAGUGCGUCCAUUAUGAAGCGUACCGGGGUACCGAAGUCCAUGUAUCUCGCGCAAGAAGGGAGUUCGUCGUUCAGUCUGCGGCCGUUCGUUUGGCCCAAAAAGGAGUAAAUAAGAGGGUGGGUCUGGGGAGGCACAUUGUGUUUCUCGAAAAAUGUUCUAAUCUUGCAUCUUUAUUUGUCUCUGCCUUGUGCAGCCCAUCAAACGAAUACAGAAGAUAACACGACUGCCGGCGAAAGAACCAACGACCCCAAUUUUCCCUCCUACUCGGCGCUUGACUACCGACAAAGCCACCACUGCGCCCAUGUCCUUCCUGCCGAUCGCCCCAAAACGCUUCCAUCCUGCCCCCGAGGACUUUGACAGGCCGCUCAUACUCGUUAAUACUGUACAUGAAGACCGACUACCAAUGGAGGAGACAUGUCCACUCCCCACCACCGUCUCCUACCCACCUGUGGAGCAUCCGAAAGUAGUUGUUGAGACGUCCACAGUAAUUCACGCGGCAACCGUUUUCAUACAGGAGGCCCUGGAGACUGUUACGAUGUUAGCCCCGGUGGAGGUAGCAGAGUUGGCACCGCAUGCACCGGCCCUAGAAUGGUGUAUUUCGACGGCAUCAACUUCUACCCAACCUCUAAAAUCUUCUCGCGAUGCUUGGUCACCUCUUAUUCUAGUCUCGCCGACGGUUCAGCAACCCCUUAAAAGGAAACGAAGACACGCAAGAUCGACGACUGCAACUUCUGGCGUUGUUGAGCCGCUUGAGCCGCCCACAAAGAUGGCCCACUCGCAGUUUGCGUUUACUGGUGAAAGCAUUGCCCCUAGCUCGACCCCGUUCCUUCCCAAAGCCGGCUAUUCUAACACUUCUCCAACUGAGGUGCCACAUGCCCCUUCUGUACCACCAGGACCAAUUUUCCCUAUAGAGGAUUUGCACAGACUCCUCGGUUCGGACCCUCCAACCAGUCUUCGCCCCGUCCUGGACAUACCCUACCCAUUUUUGCACUCUUUUAAUCUUGUCUUGCGUAAAAUCAUCCCGCGACGACCCCUCGUCUCAUCAGAUUCCGCCCUUGAGGAUGAUACCAUGGACGUGGACGUAGAUUCACGCCGGCCGCCCGUCAUUCGACCCUCUUGCCGUUUCCUCGCAUCAAUAGGUACCUUACAGUGUCGUUUAUUUCUCUCAUCGUCUCUACUACUCUCGAUAUUCCUCAUCCUUUCCCUUCCUUUUUGCGCCAAGUUCCUCUCAUCUGUUGUGACUGACCGUACACCUCUCUAGAAACCACUCCCCUAAUCACGAAGGUAUGUAAUAAUUAAAUCCUUGUUGGAUAUGAAGAUUAUAGCGCUAACGCAUGCAACAAUGACACACGCGGAGGGAUGUAUACGAAGCCUGGUAGGGGAAAAACGCCACUUUGUGGCCAUUCGAAAUUACAGAAUGCAGGUUUGUCAAACUUGUAGGUCACCUCUGUUGGUUAAAAUUAGCCAAGGUUUAAGUAACCCAAGUAGAUAUCUGUGUCUGCAUGACCAAAUGCUUCGCGGAUUUUAUAUUUUAUUCACUAAUGCAAUACCUUUCGGUUCCUACUUUGCAUUUGUUUCUAGCAUCCGAAUGUCUAUUUCUUCUAUGCCGAAAUCCUUGUUCUUUCAUUUCUUAUCUCUAUUUCGUUAAAGUUCUGGGGUUGUUAGAUUUAUCCGGCGUUUAGAAUAUAUCACUUGGAUAAUUCGUCGUCGCCUGGUGCGACAGUGGCUUGUGGCAAAGGAGUUUGAAUAGUAGUCUUCUCUUCCGGUCAGUUAUAUACUCCCACCGUUCAAUCUGCCAAGGGACAUAAAACUAGAAUACUACAAGAUUUUGACAUGCACUGCUGCCCAUUCCUUCAUGUUAAGCACGCUUGCUCGUUCCAUAUUUCGGUUUUUGAAGGUCGGAGCCUCGUUGGUGAACAAUUUCGUGCACACUCCGAGACUACCUCCCAUCGCACCCCAUAUCGGAAGUUGGCAGGACUUAGAACGAAGAUGGGACAACACAAAGACCCCAGCGAUGCGGACAACAACCCCAAGAUACAAGAUUACCACGACACUUUCCCGCGAGUCAGAGAAGACAAAGUCCUGCGCACACUCGCUUUCUGUCUGUCCACGCCAGAGGUGCGUCACCUCGCUUGGCGUCCAAAGCACUUGGGGGUAGCCCAUGAGUCCACCUGCGUGCGUUGCGGCUGUCCCUUCGUGGCGGACUCUUUUUUCUCACUAAGUCACCAUCUGGAGCAUGGUCACUGGUUGUUGGUAAGCCUGAACCAGUCCUCGCAGGCUCCCCCAUUCUCCGCGCCAGUCGACGUGGCACGCACCCACCGGAUUGUGUCACGCAAACUCCUGCGUUGCGGUGGUGCUGCCUCCGUGAAAUAUUCAUGCCCCGUCUGCUCCAUGUAUUUUGCCGCUGCGCAUGGCAUUCAGGCACACAUGUCGAAGUAUGUCUUUUACUGGCUUAACAUAUGCGAAUAUAUAUACAUAUACCUAUAUGUGGCAAACGUAUUAUACCGUACUCCCGACAUAGGCAUUAACUAAAGGCCCGAAUACGUGUUUCGCCGACAUUCUGCCGCUGCGUGACACGGCUGCGAGGGGUUCGGCUUUUUAGUCCCCCAGUACUGAAUAAUUUCUGAAAUUAGUCGCUUGAUUCUUCUCUGGAGGUCAUAUACCAGAAAUCGCAUAGGGAACGCUGGGGGACCCACUGAAGAGCCGAACCCCACGCAGAGGCAGAAUGUCGGCGAAACACGUGUCUGGGCUUUUAGUUAGUUCCUCUGUCGGGAGUACGGUAUAGCACGUUUGCCAUGUACAGUUACUACUACACGUAGUACCACUUGUUUGUAGAAUGGACAUUACGUAGUUAUUCCACAGUAGUUGAUUGUCUUCGAGUCAAAUGUUCGUUAAAAUUUCGGGUCUGACCCUAAAAAUUUCAUGUUCCGGAGACCUAACUCCAUGCCCUGUACUGAAUAAGUUCUGAAAAAUAUAUAUAUGUUUAUAUGUACAAUCAUCACUCAUUCGGUCUUUCACGUUUUUAGUUAAGCCCAUCCUCGAGGACGAAAUAUUUGUAAAGUGUAGGCCUUACACUCGUUUGUCCAUGAAAGCUACUAACAUUGAAAAACAGAACCUAGCCAGCUAUAGAAGAAAACCUCUCCUUAGUGCCUGAGAGUCGUUCACCGCCCUAGCUGCAUUACAAAACAUGUUUGCCACGUCAUGCCUUGGAUCUCUUCCUAGAGCCUUCGCUGUUAAUCAUAUGGCGACCAGUGACAAUGUAGAAUGGAUACCGACAAAGGCAAUGUAUAUUAAGACGACCAUUCAGGGUUUAUUAACUGUGCACAGUCAAUAAUAUCCCAACCCCAGGUUUAAACGACCGGGGAUUCGAAUCUAGAUUCUCUGGUCAUCAUGCGUUGACUCGGGCUUGGGGUUGAAGAACUGCUGUCGGCCAAUUAGCCAUAAACAGACCUCUCAUUCUCCCUUGUUGCUAUUGAAGUUUAUUCCGCAACCCUUACUUCUUGAUACGACUUUCGUCCUGCCUGAUCUAACUGAUGGCAUUGGUGCUUCGCCACGCGCGACCAUCAGUGACAGCGGACUGGGCAGUCUAGUCCUUUCCUUGACAACGAAAACCGAAAGUCCAAGAACCACCUUCAUGUCCCGACUAACAUUGUCGAGCCAAGUUUUGCAUUGAGCCCAUCGCCGCCGUCCGUGGGAAGAUGACAUCGAAUUCAGAGCAGCUGUAUUGUAUCCUGGGAGGACGGAGGAAAACUCACUCGAACCAUCUGCUCCCUUUUCUGAAUGAUUCGAGGCAUCCUAUCGACUUCGCUCCUAGUGCAAGCUGUCUCGUUUUGACGGAGUCAGUGUGUCAGUGUACGUUCUUCUAGGGUUCGUUCUCAGAGUGGUAUUGUCAACGUAAUCUAGACCGGUCAGCCAGCGUCCUUGGGCAAAUUCGACUUCGUCAGGAUCGCGUAGAAGCCUCCAAAAGAUCCAGUCAAUCAAGUAGCUUAAGAGGAUAUGCGACAGGGCCUUGUCGACCUUCAGAACAAAUAUCGAACAAUCGGGAGAGAUCGUCACAUUAGAAAUCGAGCGGCGGUGGAACGAUAACAGGCCCCUGUCAUAGCGGUUUUUUGUCGGAACGCCUCCCUUCUCCACUAUCUUGCGCAGGAAGUCACGACAAACGGAAUCGAACCCUGUAGCUAACGUAAGAAAGCAGACUACAAUCAGUUGCUGAUAUCUAUGAUUGAGUUUGAGAAUGCAUCAUAAUGUGAGUGUUUGGUCAGAGCAUCCGCGUCGAGUCCGAAGCCCAAGCUUGGUUGGACAUCGUCCUAGAGUCACGCACGCAUUGAAACCGCCCGAGAAUGACGGUAUUAAACAAUCUUUACAAAAACAUUUAUGCGACUGAUGUCUUUUAUCCCUUAUUGAGGAUACGUAUAAGGAUGGACGAUCUUAUCUCCCUAUGUGUGCUUAGUCUGGGUGACAGGAGGUCGGCACGAGGUUUAUAGACCUCUGUGGAGUUACUUUCCUCCCUGGGUGCCUUGCUGCACGGUCUCAUUAUUACGUGGGUGACUUAUUCACGGUAGGGCGGGUCACACGAGGGGACAUGGAAUGGAGGAAGAUAGAACUGCACUAUUGAGGAGAAUGGAAUAGUAAUUGCAUUACCAUCGAAUUUCAGAAGACGCUGAAGGUGCGUUCGCGAGCCACCGGCAGUUAGGCUGCCGGCGCCGCGAACAGAGUCCCUCCAUGCAGGUGAAUUACAACUGAGUUAGCAGAUGGUUUCGAGUGUCACCGACGAUCGAGACAUACUCCACAGGAGUCGCAUCGUCAGUUCAGCUAUUUUCUUCUCUAACCGAGUCGUUACUUUUUGUGUCAUCGUUGCGGGACCUUACUCAAGCUGUCUGGGCAGACAAUUACAGGGUACUGUCGUUGAUCCAGUCACUAUGGUGUGGCUGGGUGAAUCCAGGCAUUCUGUGAGCUGCUUUGCGAACUGAGAACUUCAGUGACUACCUCCUUUGGCAGUUUCCUUUGGUUUUGACUGUAGAGCGAAACCGGGUUUUCUGUUGAAAGCGUCAGCACUGCUACGCCGUGUACCUUUGCGCCAAUGCCAUCUACACAGCCAACAGGCCUGUGUUUAAGACGUCGUUGGGAGUAACUAAAAGCCAUUGUUGUUUUUGAUGUUUCAUGCAAAAUAUAAAUGUUUUGCUUCCUACGUAGAUUGCGACUUAAAUGCCAAACGGCACUUCUAGAUCGGUGUCAAAAUAGUUCAUAAUUAUUUCCGCCAUAUGCUUGAGUCCGCAUGCCGUAGGAGGCCAGGCAGAUGGACAAGCGACUACCAAUGAGGUCGUCAUUUAAAACGGGCCUACAAUGUUGCACCCCUUCCAGGAAACCUCAUUUCAGUAACCCCUUGAGUCUGUUGAUCGUCUGUGUGCAGAUGUAUAAUAGUUCACAUGUGCUGUCUUCCUUUGAGUUAGAGAGUAGUGGCUGUCCCAGCAUAAUCGAAGCAGGCCUCCCUCAGAGGACCCCAGACCCUCUCAUUUUGCUUCUUUGUUUCCCCUGCCUUUCACCGCUAAACAGGAAUCAUGGGAUUCAGAACUUCCAUUCCUCCGAUGCCUGUGUCUCGGUCCGGUGCUGGAACUGUGGCGAUACUACCGACCGCAACCAACGCCACCUGGUUUGUCAAGUGGCACAGGCAGAGGACGAAAGCGCUAGGAGGGCCGUCAUUCUACAACAACUCUCCUCGGACCCGGCCCGGGCCAUUAAUGCGCACAGCAUGGCCGUCUACCUCCUCUGCCCCAACCCCGAAGCCAGGUUCAGUUUGCCCACCCAAUUGGCCAACCACCUCCUACCCGUCACCGAUGUCUCCCCGCUGGCAUCUUCCUUCUCCCUUCGCUACACUCGCGCCAUUUCCGCCCUGACGGGCUACAUGCAGCCUUGUUUGGUAUCGAGUCAGGAGACUGGGCGUAACGUCCCACCAGCACCAUCUGAGCCGCUUAUACUCAGGAAGGUCCUUGAGGAGACCUUUAGAACGUAAGUCAUGCGUUUUCAGUACGCACUCAGGGCUAUGAACCGUUGGUCGAUUUCUUUAAAUGUUUUUCCACCGGGCGCGAGGGGAUGACUUCAGUAGGUAUAGAACACAAUCGCAGACUUGUCCAUACAACGAAGCUUGCUGACUUUAUAUUUAGUUUUCCCGUCGCUGACUUCAACCGGUAACGUCCGUCUACGCCUACAGGAACCUACCGUCCAUCAAGUGUUCUUAUUAUGUUCAGUUAGUAUUUACUUCAUGCACUUCUUGUCAAUUAACAUAUUUUUUCAUUUUCCGCAAUUGACACAUCACUGAAGAGCUUACAGUAUGCGACCUAUCUCAUGAAAGGCCCCCGAAAUUUAUGAAGGAAUGCUAAUCAAUUACGAACCAGCACUAACAACUUGCCCCAAGGCUUUGAAUUAGUAAUGAGCAACUUUUUGCACAUUGAAAACAUAAAAGAACUAUUGAAAUUCAUGCUACAUUGUUUAGAAAUACUAACCUUUUUUAGAAAAGCGGAAGAUUCCGGAAACUUAGGUUUUUGAUUAACCGAAAACCUGUUCAUGGGAAAGCCCGAGUAAAUAAAACAACACAAGUAAAAUGAUGUCCAGAAAUAGUUAUUUAGUGAAAUGUGCACUGACAUUUGUCACGAAUACUUGUAAUGUACUUGUAGCCAACAACCUACAGUUUGAGUAGAGAUUCAAGCUCGGUUUCACGGGAACUGGCCGUAUUUUUUCCGUUUUGCAUUGUUUGAGAUGUGAUUGAUUAAGGCGAACAGGUUUUUAAUUUCGCCGAUGGGGACGUCACAAGGUCACAUAUUGACGGACCUGUCAGUGACUAAUAGUUUUGAAUAGGAUUGUCAGGUACGAUCCCUCCGACCACAACGGAAGUUGGCAGCGAAUAUGCCUUAGAUCAAUUUAAAAAACUUUCUCUUCCAAGUUACCUUUUUAAAAAACGCCUUAAUUAGACAAAUCACUGGCCAAUGCCUGCGCACUUUGCCUUUUUUAAGCUCUAGGUAAAAAUUGGGACAUUCGAUCGGCUUUUCCACUUCCUUGAAACUUAUUGAUAAUUCUUUUGCAAAUGAAUGAACUCAUUUUCCUUUUUAUAUUGUGACCCUCUUCGCUGUAUGUUUACUCUCAGGCUCCGUUCUAAGAUUGUUCAUGCACAACAGAGUGGUCAAAUAAAUACAAAGAUAUUGCGGAAACCGUCGCCCAUAAUUGGUUGUUUUGAUUUCCCCAGUCAUGUUUCAUGGGUUAGGUCAACGGCUGCAUUAUUAAUGUUUUCUGGUUUCAUGACAAGAUGUAAAAGUAAUGUAAUGCACCUAUGGGUUCGUUUGCGACUGUCAUUCUCUCAAGACCCUUAACCGAUGUAGACACCUAGUGUUGAAAAGAACGUGAAUAUUUUUAUUGAGUCGCUAUUUCCCUUGUUCACUGCUAGUACAGCCCAGUCUAUGUACGGCUCCAGAAAAUGCCUGAAGCGGUUAUGUCCGACUAUAUAUUUUUGCCGACUUUUCCAGCUUCUUUUCCGUAUUGGUCCCUGUAUCCUUUGCCCGGGGAUAGGAAUUGCACUGAACAACUCUACUGCUUUAUGAGGGAGAGUUCGAGACCUCUAAGCGUUUUCUCCCCUAGAGUCCUGAUCCCUUCUUAAUACCAACUGCUCUUGACUGUAUUCUCGUAGACAUUAUCCAACAAUAUUUGUUCAUCGCGGAUGACAUCAGAUGCAGAAGUUUUUCUUUUAUUCCUCAGACCUUCUAAUCUCCUCGAUCUGACCCGCACAAAGACCGCGCCUCCAACUUCACAGCCCUUCCGCCCUCGGCCUGCGUCUAAUUCCGAUAAUAGUGUUGCAAGCAGCCAAUGCGCUCCGCAACCAUUGUCCUCACUGAGAGGCCGUCACCGUUUCUUCCUUCAAGUACCGCUCCCGCCGGCUAGAGCCCAGCCCUUCCCAAAUAAUCCACUCACACCUCUUCCGCCAAUAGCCCCUAAGCCGGUCGUGUUCGCCCUCCGCCCUCGCCUUCCUCCUUCGUCAUCUUCUCAGUCUACGGCUGUAAUUUUUGUUUGGUUGAUCACAAAAGUCUACUCAAACGUUAUAAGCAGGCAUUGUUUUAUUGAUAAUAUUUAAUGAUGCUUUUAUGUCUUAUAGACGAGUACGGCUGACGCGACCAUGCCUCCAAUAUAUCGUCUGGUAGGCGUUCGCCUUCGAUUUAUAUUUCAUUAAUGGCGCACCGCUGCGCAUAGAAAAUAUUGAACUAUUUCAUCGUAUUCUUCUGACAGGUUGGGUCAUCUGCGAACGCUCCGCGGUUGGGACAGCCGCCAUCGAAUACCUCGUCUUCCGAAUUCGCAUCCUUCAUCGAGGCUGCAAAGAGGCAGCAACAGAACUUAGUGGACAAUGCUGUGAGUUAUUAUUGGCUUUGAAAAGGCGAGGGUAGGGUAUGCAGUCCCCUAGAUGGUUGUUCAAAAAGUUACCCACUAAUCUGGGUAGGUGUGGUUCGUGACGGUUUGUCUGGCAACCGGUCGUGGUAGGGAUUAUGCAGCUUGUGAAUUUUGACCUUCAUUAGCGUUAUUGACAUUAAAGUUGCCUGUAUCGGGCUCACGAAUACGAUUAGGGCUACGGUUAGAGUUAGUGUUAGGAGUUUGGUUAUUCUCAGGCCUAGGGUUGUCAGGCUUGAGUUAUGGUCUGCAUUUGGGGUUGAGGCUAGAAUUGAGGUGUAGAGUUAUUGUUUUAAGGCUAGAGUUGGGAUUGAGGUUAGGAGUUGGGACUAGGGUUGGGGUUUAAAGGCUUGAGUUAAGAUCACGGUUACGUUUGAGUUCUCCCCAAAGAGGGUUAAGGGUUAGGGUUACCCAUUGCAGGUUUAGCCACAGUUAGCGUUAGGGUUCUGGUUAACUACAGUUUUCUCUGAGGGUACCUACCAUACCCUUGUCGAUUUGAGUGCAUCCCCUUCCUCGAUCAAUGAAAGGGUAGAAAAUGAUAUCAUGAAAAGGACAGAUGAGGAAAGAACAUCAAUGUCGUUUGAGGAGGUGCACUGAUUAAAUAUGCGUAGGUUCGGGUCCUACAGUGAGCGACCGAUCUUAUGAAAUGUUAGCCAAAAUUCUGAAGUGCCUUUUCGAUUAGGAAGGAUUACUUAGGUAGGGUUGGGAUACUGAUUAUCUUGCGGCAUAAUCCUAUAGUUUUUCGGACUCGGCAGGAUGUCGGCUUUUAAAUGCACGCCUUUUCAAUCUCCUGCAGAAAUCGUGCUCGGUAAAAAAGGACUAUUUAAAUAGCAUGCAUUUUUCACAUCCAUUUUCGACGGUCUUAUAAAUUCAAAUAUAUUUUAUAGAAAUCAUGAACAAAAAUAUUUCUUCUUUCAGUCGUUUAAUAGAGAACCACGUCGCCUUUAUAUUUCAUGCUCGAAGAAGGGCUGUAAUUAGGUUUUAAAAAAGUUUCUAAUUAUGAGCUUUCUUUAGACCGUGCCAUUUCUAGUCAUACAGUGUAGCACCUGUCCGUCUACCACUGCUCCUCAUGAAAUUUACAACAUAGUCCGCAUCCAUUACAAAAUUUUAUGGACUCAACAUGGCAUCUUUUUAAAGGCAUAGAAGAAUAUGUGAUUUCCCUUAUGCGGAACGCAUGCACCUUGUAGGCCGAAAUCACUAGGCGCUAGUGCGAUGGCCGUUCGGGAAUUAGAAAACUUUUUCAAAACCCAAUUAUACUCCCUCUUCGAGCAUAAAAUAUGAAGAUGCCAUGAUUCUCUAUCAAACGAAUGAAAGAAGAGAUACUUUUGUUCAUGUUUUUAUGAAAUAUAUUUGAAUUUAUAAGACCGUCGAAAAUGGAUGUGAAAAAUGCAUACUACUUAAGUAGUUUCUUUUGGACGAGCACGCUUUCUACAGGAGAUUGAGUGGACGUGCAUUUAAAAGCAUACAUCCUGCCGAGUCCGAAAUACUAUAGAAUUAUGUCGCAAGGUAAUCAGUAUUACAACCCUACCUAAGUAAUCCUUCCUAAUCGAAAAGGCAUUUCGGAAUUUCGACCAACAUUUCAUGAGAUCGGUCACUCACUGUACAUGUCGAAAAACUGCACUUUAACAUGUAAUCGUAGCUCGCGCCACACCUCGUCUAUUUGUUUCUUCCUUCUAACUGUGCCCCCAGGUAUGAUUUUUUGUGGGUAUCUUUGGCUUUUGCUCACACCUACCUGGCCAGGCGACGCUACAUAUCCCGCAUAUGUACCUCACUGAUGACACUGUCUUUUUGUUAGGUUUUCUGAGGGUCUUUUAGUUUUAGUUUUUAUCGAAUAGAUAACUUCACACUGAACUUAUGGAAUUACUCCGAAUGUUGACUUAGCUUCAGCCGUUUUACACUCCCACACUCGUUUUUAAAGCAGUCUUCGACUUCCACCGCUGUGCGCAUACUUCGCACCGUGCCGCUGCCGCCAGGAUUGAGUUCCGCCGCCUCCCUGUCGACACCAUCAACGUCAUCGGUCACCCCCUCCUUUCCCGUCACCGUCGUUGUAACAUCCUCUCCAGCCAUCGGCCCCAUUUCUCGAGCUUCGGAGUCAACUGCACCGACGCACGCUCUGCAGGAGGCUCUGAAACGGCCUGCUUGGUUUCCAACAGUGCAGCCAUCAGGAUUUCGCCUCGCUUCACCACGGUCGCUACCACCGCCGCACUCGUGGUCUCAGACUUCAUUUAACUCGCCAGUCAUCUCACCCACUGUAGGCAACCGCGCCCUUCCCCGAGGACCCCAGAUCGUCUGCCCAAUCUGUGCCUUCACAAGCUAUGAACGCAAUGUCAUCAUGCAGCACAUUGUGGACGAGCACUAG